CCAAUAUUGACUUCCGGAUGUUGUUGCAGAUGUGGAAUCCAGUGUCCACAGUUAACAUUCUAUACUUAGCUGUCUGAUCAUAUACACAACAUCAUCAUGGAACGUGAGUCCCAAGGUGGAGUUAGUCCUCGAACCCUGCCAGAACCUCGGAGAGUAGAGGGUGAUGGCUCUCCUCUGCCCAGCAGUCUGGAUGAAAGCAGAAGGAACCCACAACGUGAGCAGGCAAAACCUUUCUCAAUCAAAUUUGAGGUUGAUGUCAUCCAAUUAAUGCUUUCCAUUGCUGCAAUGGCAACUCGAUUCUGGCUGCUAGGCUUACCUAGAUCUGUGGUGUUUGAUGAGCUACACUUCGCCAAGUUUGCAUCUCUGUACAUGAAGAAGGUAUUUUUCUUUGAUGUUCAUCCACCACUUGGGAAGAUGCUUCUGGCUCUUGUCUGUGGAUUCUGUGGAUUUGAUGGUGAAGCAAACUUUGGUAGGAUCGGAGAAGAGUACCCAGUAACAUUCCCCGUAUACCAGCUCAGAUUGUUACCGGCUCUCCUCGGUAGCUUAGCUGUACCUUUGGUGUACCAGAUUGCUGUGGAAUUAAAACUGUCACGAUGGGCGGCAUUGUUGGCUGGAGCUUGUGUCCUUCUAGACAAUGCUCUUCUGACCCAGUCCAGGUUUAUGCUGAUGGAGGGUAUGAUGGUUUUCUUCUUGUGUCUUUCCAUCUUUAGCUUCCUCAAAUUCAGAAACCUUGCUCACAGAGAGUUUUCUAUGCAGUGGUGGUUCUGGCUGUGUCUGACAGGUGUGGCCUGUACCUGUACACUAAGUAUAAAGUAUGUGGGGUUCUUUACUGCGCUCAUUGUGGUGACGAUGAUGGUCAAGGACUACUGGCACAUGUUGGCAGACAUCAGGAUGAGUGAUUUUGACCUGGUAAAACACCUGUUUGUGAGAAUCCUCACUCUGGUCUUCAUCCCACUGUUUAUAUAUGUGUCCCUGUUCUAUGUCCAUCUGACCACACUGACCAAAGCUGGACCUCAUGAUAACGUCAUGACAAGUGGGUUCCAGGCCAGUCUCGAGGGAGGCCUUGCUGCACUAACCAAGGGCCAGCCCCUACAUGUGUCGUAUGGGUCCCAGAUCACACUGCGACUAACACAUGGGGUCAUCGGUGCCAAACCCUGCUGGUUGCAUUCUCAUCAACAUGUAUACCCAGUACGUUACACCGAUGGGCGGGGCAGUUCUCAUCAACAACAGGUCACAUGUUACCUCUUCAAGGAUGUAUACAACUGGUGGAUCGUCAAACACCCAACCAGGGAGUCUUUGGUUGCGGAUGAUCCUCCUCAGGCGGUCAAACAUGGCGACGUGGUACAGCUAGUCCACGGGAUUACUAGUCGGGCGCUGAACAGUCAUGACGUUGCUGCCCCUAUGACUCCACAGAACCAGGAAGUGUCCUGUUACAUAGACUACAAUGUGUCUAUGCCAGCACAGAACUAUUGGAGGGUGGAAAUUGAGAAUCGUGAUCAUGAUGAAGACACCUGGCAGACAAUCAAAAGUCAUGUAAGAUUUGUCCAUACAGACACUCGACAAGCCAUGAAGGCGACUGGUAAACAACUACCAGAGUGGGGGUUCCAUCAGAUAGAGGUGGCGACAGACCGUGUGGUCGCACAGCCAGGCACUGUCUGGAAUGUGGAGGAGCACCGCUACACCACAAACCCCGAGAAGGAGCAGCAGGCACGUGAGUUGGCCAAUACAGAGAUGAUUCCUCUAAAGCCCACACACCUGUCAUUUUGGACCAAGUUUUUUGAACUUCAGACAAAGAUGUUCUUCUCUAGGAGUGAUAUAGACAUGGAACACAAGUAUAGUUCUGGACCGCUGGACUGGCCCUUCCUUACCAAGAACACUGCUUACUGGAUGUCCUCUACAUCAAAUGCCCAGAUCCACCUCCUUGGGAACCCCGUCAUCUGGUACUCGGCCUCACUCUCCCUCUUCAUCUACAUAGGACUGUUUGUUCUCUACCUCAUGAGAAGACAACGAGACAUAUUUGAUUUGACUGAAAGUGAGUGGCACCAUUUCCUGUUUAUCGGGGAACUCCUCAUCGGUGGAUACUUCUGUCACUACCUUCCAUUUUUCCUGACUGAUAGAACACUUUUUAUGCACAGUUAUCUCCCAUGUCUCAUCUACAAGAUUCUGUCUUUGGCAGCUGUUGUGGAUCACAUUUAUAUCAUCUCUCACAGAUUUGUUUACGCCCCAACAAUGGUGUUCAGUGUCUGUCUGGGUCUGAUGUCGGCAGUGGUGUGGGCAUUCUGUAAAUUGGCUGUGUUCUCAUAUGGAAGCACCAAUCUCAAACCUGAGGACAUCCAGAGUCUUACUUGGAAGGACACCUGGGAUUUCCUUAUCCACUCUCAUCCUUGAUCCAAGAGCCUGUGGCAAACCAUACUCAGCCGGGAUCAUCUGUGGAAUGGGCUUUCUUUAGAACAUUUUAGUUUCAAAGUCAUGACACAGGACCUUUUAUAACCUUGAGUCACUUAAGUAUCAAAGUUAUCUUUUACAAAUCACAUGAUUUUUUUUUUACAGUGUAACUAGAUAUUACUGUUUCUAGUCACAGAUUUUUUUUAUGUUUACUUCAAUACUUAAGUUUAGCUGGUCAGUGAAGAUUCACCAAGAAGUCUACCUUUGUCAGUAAAUACACAUUGUGUACUGAUGUAUAUAUAUGUUUUUUACUAUAUCUUUUAUUUAUCAUGGAUGCCAUAUUCAUAAUAACACCAAGCUUUAAAAUUUGUAUUGACAUACACGACCAAUAACAAAUAAGUUGUCUAACUUGUCUGAGAAUGAUAUUGACCACACUCCACUGUGAUACCACACCAGGAGCUUGAGAAGUUUGUGCUUUUCUGUUACUGAUAUGUAAUAUAUAACACAGAUAUUGUUUGAAGGUGACCUCUAAAUUACUGAUAUGUAAUAUAUAACAAAGAUGUUGUUUGAAGGUGACCUCUAAAUUACUGAUAUGAAAUAUAUAACAAAGAUGUUGUUUGAAGGUGACCUCUAAAUUACUGAUAUGUAAUAUAUAACAAAGAUGUUGUUUGAAGGUGACCUCUAAAUUACUGAUAUGUAAUAUAUAACAAAGAUGUUGUUUGAAGGUGACCUCUAAAUUACUGAUAUGUAAUACUAUAACAAAGAUGUUGUUUUAAGGUAACCUCUAAAACAAGCAUGGAGGGAUUCACUCAGAACAAAUGUCUGAUAUAUACUCAAAUUUACUAGUUGAUACACAAUAAAGCGCCUUAAUAAAUGUAUUUAUCUGGCUUAAAGAGCUAUUACUCUUAUCAAACUAAUCUAUAACCAAGCAGUCCUCCAAACUCCUGUAAUAGAUUUUAUGUGAUGUAUUACCUGGACACGCUUAUAACUCCAACCAUUUUAUUGUUUUAUAUAUUGUACAGCUGUUUGUAAUGUUUAAUUUAUAAACUGAGAUUUUUCUCAAAGUUUACACCCAUAAUUAUGAAUAUUGUUCAUUCAUUUUUUCACACUUUUCCUCGCAAAAGUAAUUGGAUAACUUUUUUUAUCAAUCAAUGUUUAUUUACAGUUCUGCUUUAAUUUCCUGUUCGCAAUGUACUUCUCAGUUUUAUGUGUGGAAGUAUCAACAGUACAAUCUAUUUUUAGCCCCAGAAAUACCGUCAAUGUGGGAGACUGUCGAUACAUAGCUUACCAUCAAUGUGGGAGACUGUCGAUACAUAGCUUAUCUUGUCUAGCAAUACUGGUGUAUGAUGUCACGAGUCAUUGAUUAAUUGAUAGUGCAAUAUUUAGAUAAAUAUAUAAAUGUGCCUUAAAAUUUUCCAUUAUACAAUAUUAUGUGUAAAGACGAGUAUUCUGACAAAGUCAGUUUGCCCACUGACCAAGCAAUUAUUUUUCAUGUAUAGUUUAUGCAUAAAUCAAGAUACGUAAAGUGUAUGCAUAAGUCAAGAUUGUAAUCUCUUUUUGAGUGAUAGUCCAACUAUUCCGUAAUUCCAAUCAAGAUAACAAUGUGAUCAGAUCACCUUUCCACAUUCCAGUUAAUUAACUGUUGUUGUAGUAUGUAGUAAUGUAUUGUUAUAGUCUGAGCAGAAUGAUCUGUCUUGUUGAACUUUGAUUAGCAUAUCGAAUGCAGACAAGUCAAUAUUCUUAAUAUUGAAAAGGGGUGCAUAGCAUGUGUACAUACAACAAUAUUUAAAUGAUGUACAACAUACAAUGAAGAAUUGAUGGUGAGGACUACAUCACUAGACCAUUUUAAGCUUGUACUUGAUCACAGCCAAAUUAUUCGAUUCAAACACCUACAUUAUAUAAAAUCUUUUAACUUACAAAAGCACAAAUGGGACCGACUACUUUGUAUAUUCGACAAAAAGGACAACACGGUAGGUUAUUCUUGUGCGAUUAUACGUAGUUCCUACACAUCAACACGAUAGGUUAUUAUAGUACGACUAUAGUUCCAUCGUAUCAAUACUUUUAAAAAGUUGUAUUUGUAUGUUAGGUGUGUGUCAGAAGUGGUGCUGACGAGUUAUUAGCCUUGUGUGAAGAGUUGGCUUACAUAGCCUUGUGUAUUCCUACAGGAGAGACGACUGGCGCCACUCACUGACUUGUGUGAAGAUUAUGUAGAACAUAUUAAUCCAUUGAAACUGUCAUUCAUAUAUUGAUAUUUGAGUCUGUUUAUUUAUUUUGCAUUAAAACUUUUAUAACAUU